UAAUUUGAAAUUCAAACGGCAACCGCGUAGACAGGGGACAAGGCAGAUCUAUAGACUAUAGUAGUAGACCAGAAGGAAAGGGAAGGUUUCCUGCGCUGCGUGUGUUCCCUUCCCUAAGCACACCACAUGGAACAUUUGGAGCAAUGGAAACAACAAUUUCUCCGGUGGUGGCGCGUCGCAGUCCACACCGUCCCCCCAAUUCAGCUCUACGCCGUCGCCGCCGUCCUUAUCCUCACCACCGUUCUCCUUCUCUCAAUUCGCUUCUUGAAGCGCGCAAAGUCCAACACCAUUGUUCUCACUGGCCUCUCCGGCGCCGGCAAAACUGUCCUCUUCUACCAACUUAGGGAUGGUUCUAUCCACGAGGGUACCGUUACGUCCAUGGAACCUAACGAGGACACUUUCCUUCUUCAUUCUGAAACAGUCCCGAAGCGCAAGGUGAAACCUGUUUGUGUUGUUGAUGUUCCGGGACAUUCGCGGCUUCGGCCCAAGCUGGAUGAGUACUUGCCCAAGGCUGCUGCCAUUGUGUUUGUUGUUGAUGCUGUGGACUUCUUACCGAAUUGUCGUGCUGCUUCAGAGUAUCUGUAUGAUAUAUUGACCAAGGGAAGUGUCGUGAGGAAGAAGAUUCCGUUACUUAUUCUCUGCAACAAAACGGACAAAGUCACUGCUCAUUCCAAGGAGUUCAUCGGCAAACAGAUGGGGAAGGAAAUUGACAAAUUACGGGAAUCAAGAAGUGCAAUAUCACCAGCUGACAUUGCAAAUGAGUUCAACCUUGGGGUACCUGGAGAACCAUUUUCUUUCACCCAGUGCCCUAACAAAGUUAGACUUCAAGAUGCUUCUGGUCUUACAGGGGAGAUCUCUCAGUUGGAACAGUUUAUCAGAGAAUAUGUGAAGCCUUAGCUAGAUAUUCUGUAAGGAAAAUAAAGUUCUUUUAGAUGAUUGAACACUGGAUUAUAUUGAUUCAACUAAAUUGCAUAGGUACUUGCAUUUACUUGAUUGGUUCUCAAACUUCCCCAGGAGCUCAUUUACCCCCCUAAGUUGUUAUUCACUUUGCUUUCUGAUCUUUUUGGCUAA